CACAUACUCCUGACACCUGCAUCUCCAUACGUUCACACCCUCACACACUUGCUCACACCUACCUCCACACUGUCACACCCCUCCACUUUCACCCCACUCUUCAUUCUUCACUUACACCUAUUCUUACUUCCCAUACCCACCUACACUAUCCCUCAGUACCCACAUGCUUACACCCCCAAUACUCUCACACAUACACACACACACACACCCCUACACACACUUUCUCACCUCAAAUACUUACACUCUCACCACUGUACUCACACCCAUUUUCACCCUCACAACCUCUCCCACAUUUACGUACACACUCUCUCACACCCACCCCCAUCACAUUCUCACCCCUCACACGUACACACACAGCCUGGGCUUGUCUGGCCACCUUUUGAUGGGCAAGUCCUGGGAAGGGCUCAGCAGUUCCUAACAGACUGGUGUUAGGACCCAGGAAAGGCCGGAGUGGGAUGGAUAUAAAUAGAGGCGAACAAAGUUUGAGGCCCGCUGACAUCACUCUGGCUCUCCACCCAAAGCCACGGCCUGGACUCUGGGCCAACGAGGUGUGGCGGAGCUCAGCUGCAGAAGGAGGCAGCAGAGACAUCCCUGAGCUCCAGGCUGCGAGCUGAGCUCUGAGCUCCAACUUGAGACGGGAGGCAAGUGCCUGCCAGUCCCAGGCCCAGGACACGGAGGAGGACUCUCCUGAGCCUACAGGCACCCGGAGGAGGCCCUGGCCUGCCCAGCAGCAACAGCCAGGAGCUUGGGGAACUCUGGUGGAGCUAAGGAGGAGUGCUCACUCAACCCAGCACUGCAUCCAGCCUUCGGGUCCCUAAAGACUCCAGUUCGGAGAGGAGAAUCGCCCCAACUGCUCUCAGGCCCUUACACGACACAAACUUUAGGGGACAGACUUGGUGGCCAGAAACCUGUGAUGAAGAUGUCCUUGUCCUCAGGAAGCUGGAGGUAGAGAGGCUCCCUGCAGGCUGUGGGGGAUCCCACUGCCUGGUUCCCACCAUGAGGGAUCUGCCGGCACUGCCUUGCCGCUGGGUCUGGCUACUCUGGUCUUUCUACAGCUUCCAGGUGUGUGGCACCCAGCCCAGAGCCCAGGAACAUCCAGGGUUUGCGGUCCUGGCUUCUGCUUCUCAUUACUGGCCCUUGGAAAAUGUGGACGGGAUCCUUGAACUUCAGGACACAACUGGAGCGUUGCGAACCCACAACCUCACUGUGCCUCCCUCCCACAAUGCUACCUUUGUCUUUACCAAUGACUCCGCUUACUCCAACUUCUCUGCGGCUGUAGAUAUCAUGGAAGGGAAGGUCAACAAAGGUAUUUACCUCAAGGAGGAGAAGGGUAUGACAUUCCUCUACUAUGGCAGCUUCAAGUCCUCCUGCAUCAGCAACCCGGCCCAGUGUGGACCUGAGGGAGUGACGUUUUCAUUUUUCUGGAAGACUCAAGGGGAGCAGCCUCGACCAGCCCCCUUCGCUUACGGGGGUCAGGUCAUCUCUGACGGUUUCAAAGUCUGCUCUAGCGGUGGAAAGGGCUCCGUGGAGCUGUACACGCGGGAUAAUUCUAUGACAUGGAAGGCCACCUUCAACCCUCCGGGUCCUUACUGGACUCAUGUUCUGUUCACGUGGAAAUCCAAGGAGGGCCUAAAAGUCUACGUCAACGGGACUCUGAGCACCUCAGACCCGAGUGGGAAAGUGUCUCACACCUACGGGGAGCCUCAUGUCAACCUGGUCAUAGGGUCUGAGCAGGACCAGACCAAGCGUUACGAGAAUGAAGCUUUCGAUGAGUUCAUCAUCUGGGAACGCGCGCUGACUCCCGAUGAGGUCAAGAUGUACUUCACAGCUGCCGUUGGUAAACACGCUCUGUUGUCUUCAACACCACCGGCGAUGCCCACAGCGCACUCUGUGAUGCCCACAGACGCCUACCACCCAAUCAUCACCAACCUGACAGAGGAGAGAAAAUGUUUCCAGAGGCCUGGAACCGUGCUUAGAUACCUUCAAAAUGUGUCCCUCAGCUUGCCCAAUAAAUCCCUCUCAGAGGAAACUGCGCUGAACCUCACACAGACCUUCUUAAGAACUGUGGGUGAUGUGCUUCUGCUGCCCAGUUGGACCCACGUAUCCGAGGACAACGCCGUGACGCUGGGCCUGGUCGACACCAUCGAUACCGUCAUGGGCCACAUAUCAUCCAACCUGCAGCCCAGAGAACCCCAUGUCACCCUCACAGGCUCUUCCUCCAUGGCAGAUUUCUCCGUGGCCAAGGUCCUCCCCCCAGCCCUGAGCGCCCCCCAUUACAGAUUCCCAGCCCACGGACACAGCUACAUUGAGAUUCCGAGAGAGGCCCUUCACAGCGAAGCCUGGACCACGAUUGUCGGCCUCCUCUACCACUCCAUGCACUAUUACCUGAACAACAUCCCUCCAGCCAGCACAAAGAUUCCUGAGGCUGUGAACUGCAGAGAUUGCCUGCUGUCUGUUGCCAGCCACCUGAUCUCCCUGGAAGUGUCCCCACCGCCCACUCUGUCCCAGAACCUCUCGGGCUGUCCUCUGAUCACCGUCCAUCUUAGGCACAAAUUGACUCACAAGCAGUUGGUCGAUGCCACCAAUGAGAGCAACCGCCUCUUCCUGUAUUGUGUCUUCCUUAACUUCAGCUCCGGGGAAGGUGUCUGGUCAAGCCAGGGCUGUGCGCUCACAGAGGGAAACCUCACCCACUCAGUGUGCCGCUGUACGCAUCUCACCAACUUCGCCAUCCUCAUGCAAGUGGUCCCACUGCAGCUCACACGUGGACACCAGGUGGCGCUGUCGUCCAUCAGUUACGUUGGCUGCUCUCUGUCGGUUCUCUGUCUGGCUGCCACGCUGGUCACCUUUGCAGUCCUGUCUUCUGUCAGCACCAUUCGGAACCAGCGUUACCACAUCCAUGCCAACCUGUCCUUUGCUGUCCUGGUGGCCCAGGUUCUGCUGCUCAUCAGCUUCCGUGUGGAGCCUGGCACGGUCCCGUGCCAGGUACUGGCUGUUCUCCUGCACUACUUCUUCCUGAGUGCCUUUGCUUGGAUGCUGGUGGAGGGACUGCAUCUCUACAGCAUGGUGAUAAAGGUCUUCGGGUCAGAGGACAGCAAGCAUCUCUACUACUAUGGGAUUGGCUGGGGGUGCCCUCUUCUCAUUUGCGUCAUCUCCAUGUCAUUCUCCAUGGACAGUUAUGGGACAAGUGACAGCUGCUGGCUGUCCCUGGGAAGUGGUGCCGUUUGGGCCUUUGUGGGCCCUGCCCUGCUGGUCAUUGUGGUCAACAUCGUUAUCCUGGUAGCUGUGACGAGGGUCAUUUCCCACAUCAGCACCGACAGCUACAAGAUACACGGGGACCCCAGCGCCUUCAAGUUGACGGCCAAGGCUGUCGCUGUGCUGUUACCCAUCCUGGGAACCUCAUGGGUGUUUGGAGUGCUGGCUGUCAGUGACCGGGCCCUGGUCUUCCAAUACAUGUUUGCUGGCCUCAACUCCUUGCAGGGUCUCUUCAUCUUCCUCUUUCACUGUGUCCUAAACUCAGAGGUGAGAGCUGCCUUCAAGCACAAGACCAAGGUCUGGUCCCUCACGAGCAGCUCUGCCCGUACCACAAACACAAAGCCCUUCAGUUCCGAUAUCGUCAACGGGACCCGGCCAGGCGUGGCAUCCACAAAGUUAAGUCCUUGGGACAAGAGCAGCCUUUCUGCCCACCGUGUGGACCUGUCCGCUGUGUGAUCAGGGUGGCUGCCAUUCAAAACAAGUGCCUUCCCCGAAGCAGAAAAAAAAAAAAAUGCACACCCUGCCUCCAUCAUGGGUCCCUCUCCCUGCUGCCUUGGACUGGGAUCGCAGCCCCGACCUAUAACUGUGCAGAGUAUCCUCUCUAUCACUGCAAUUUGACUCAGGGUGGUGUGGCCAGCGAUGAUGUGGCCCUUCUUCCCUGAUGUGGUAGGCACACGUCUAUCCUCUGU